GUCAGUUUACCAUGGCGACGGGAACGCUCCGGCUGGCCAUCGUCACACACAAAGUGCCUCUUGCUUUAUUUCUUCUGAUAUGCGUGGAUGUUCUUGACGGCCAGCAGUACAUCAUCCCCCUGAAAACCCCCCUCGACUGUCAGGCGGACGAGUUCUUCGAUAUCUCCAGCUUGUCGUGCGCGCGCUGCGGCGCGAACCAGCGAAGGAGCACAACAGGGCUGAGCUGCGUUUGUCAAAACGGGUAUCAAACCCUCACCACUGAUAAAGUGUCCAUUGAUUGCCAGCAGUGUCCCACUGACAAGCCUGGAGUAACAAAAGACGGGUUUGGCUGCAUUCGCUGUCCAGGGAGUCUCAGCGAUGAUGGAAAGUGCCAGUGUCCUGAUGGGAAUGUGCUUGUGGAAAGGGAUAUCAAUGGAACGUUUUUGGAUGAGGCCAGGUGUGAAGCAUGCAUUGGAGCCAGCCCUGCUUUCUCUGUACCAAGCAGCAGUGGAAACAGGUGUGAGAGGUGUCAGGCUUCCUUCAUUGAUACUUCCUGCAUGUGCAACUCUCCUCACAUCUUGGCAGGGGGUUUAUGCAUCCCUCCAGGCAGCCUCCCCACUAAUGUAAAUCCCAGUGUCAACUUUGCUCAGUUGAAGUUCAGUGUCCUGUCUGCCUGGUUUGUGGAAAACCUCUACUCUUCCUCAGCCGCCUGUCUUACGUUCUCCAACCUGACAGCGUGUCAGGCUCUUGGGAAUAUGUGUGUGAUGAACAUGCACUCCUUCAGCAGUGUGUCCACCGACGCUUGUGGACUUUUCAACACAAUUUUCAGAUCGAGGGCUGCUCUGAGCUCAACCCAAGACAUUUCAUACUGGAGAGCGACUCUGCCGUGGCUUUAUUACGGAGACGAACCAGGACUCGCCAGUCGAGUGCUUCAGACUGAGCCCGUUCCCAUCAGGUUCAGUUUCCGAGGAGAAAAGAAGAACACCGACAUUACUCUGCUGGCUGCUGUCUAUAAUGUCAGAGGAGAGUUCCUCAGAUGGGAACCGGUAGGAGAAAGUAAUCUGCAGCUUUGCCCAAAACCAGCCACCAAACAGGCAGCAGCCUUCAGCUUUGGAACUGCUUACCAAGAAAGUUGUGAUCUUUCAGUAGAAGAGCUGUUUGAUUCCCACCCCGAGCCUCUGUUCUAUGAUGUGUUUUUGGACCUUGGUGGAGAGGAAACCAGACAACUGCUUCCCCUCCCCACACUCGUGAGAAACCAGCAAUACAGUGGACGGCUCAUCAACCAAGAGAGCAUCCGAAACUGGUACCUGUCUCGGCGAAUGUUUCUCAUCGACAUGCUGAGUGGAAGAGAGAAAAGCAUAAGUUCUCAGCCUAAAGUCAUUCGUGUAGCCAGCAGGAUCACAAUAAAGUUCCAGCUGGUUCCACGAACACAGGAAGGACAAGUGUUUCCCCCUCUGAUGAUUGUGACCUACACAGAUGUUCCCAUCACAGACCUCAAAACCCAGACGGUGUCGGUAACCUUCGCAGUGGAGUAUGAGAUGGAUCAGAAAGAAGCACAAAUAAAGACAGACACAGCUCUGGGAGUGAUGGGCGGGGUGGCUGUGCUCUACGCCCUGCUGAAGACCGUCAGCUGGAAGAGGAGGAUCGCCUCUCCACUCAUCGAUGCAACCACCCUGUUCAAGUUUCUCUUGUUUUACGCUGGAGAUCUGGCCAACGUUUUCUUCGCCGUCACCGUUGGAACUGGACUUUACUGGCUCAUCUUUUACAAGGCCCAAAAGUUUGUGUCGGUGCUGCUGCCGCUGCCUGCUCAGGAGGAGCGGUUCGUGACAUACAUUGGCUGCGCGUUCGCUCUCAAGGCGAUCCAGUUCCUCCAUAAAUUCUUCCUCCAGGUGUCAGUUGACAUAUUUCUGAUCGACUGGGAGAGGCCUCGAAGUAAAUCCAGCAGAACCGUACACGCUGCCGGUGAGUCGAAACGGGAAACUUCUCCGGUCAGCAUCUGGAGAACCUACUUUGUAGCCAAUGAAUGGAACGAGAUUCAAACCAUCCGGAAGAUCAGCCCUUCAUUUCAGAUCAUGGCGGUGCUCUUCUUUCUCGAAGUACUGGGUUUCUCGAACCUGGCCCUGAGGGACCCCCUGGGGACUUUACAGCGCUCCUCACAGGCGUACACCCCUUCAUACAGCCUGAUACUGCGGCACGGCGUGGCAGCCUCGCUGUGGCUCUGCAUUGGGGCUCUGCAGGUAAUUUUCUUCACUGUGUUUCAUGAGCACUUUGUGGAGGACAAAAUCCGCCAGUUUGUAGAUCUCUGCUCCAUCAGCAAUAUUUCUGUGCUGCUUUUAUCCCACCGCUGUUACGGUUACUACAUCCACGGCCGCUCAGUGCACGGACACGCAGAUACAAACAUGGAGGAAAUGAACAACAAUCUGAAGAGAGAAGCUGAGUCACUUUGCGGUCAAAGGGGGUUACUUCCAAACACAGAAAUCCAGACGUUUCAGGUGUCUCUCACCAACCGUCUCAGGUCGCAGUAUGACAGCAUCCGGGAUUCGAUCGUCAGGAGGAACAGGCCAUCGCGGCUGAUUGAUGCAUCCGCAGCCAAUUUGUCUGAGCCACACUUCAGAGCGUACCACACCAUGAACCACUUCCUGGGAUCCAUCAUAGACCACGCCCACCCUGACAUGGACUACAUAGUGAAGGACAAACUGAUGUUUGAGAGACUGAUCGGGAUGGAGUUCCUUGAACCCAGUGACAAAAGCAUAUUUUACAAUGACGAGGCCCACUCCUUCAGCGAUGUGUUGUUCUAUGGAAACGAGGCUACGCUGUUGAUCUUUGACACUUUGUUCUUCUGCGUCGUUGACCUUGGAUCUCAGAGCUUUGUACUCGCAGCUGUGCUCACUUACCUACAGCAGACGGUAUUUCGCAUUCUCCGUAACAGCCUUGGAAGAAAGAACCUUGUUAGCAAGACUCUGGUCGAUGAGAGAUUUCUAAUAUAAAAUCCACUGUUAAGUAUUUGAUAGUUUCACUGUUUUUAGUGCAAUUUUUAUCAAAGACAGUUUACUGUUCACAACUUGUGCAUUCUUUUUUAUAAAAUAUUGACACAUAUGCUGCAUUUUUACUGCUGUUUUAUGAUGUACAUAUAUUUUUUGAAGUACUUGAAUGUUUCUAUUGAUUAAAUUGUUUUUUUUA